AUGGAAAUAAAAAAAAGGAUAUCUCUUCUUUUAAUAGGAGCGGUGUGUUCUCUAUCUGCAACAUACUCCAGUGAGACACAAGAAAGCAUGGACAUGUCGAAGGAUAGUGAAAAUGCAGCUUUAUCAGAGACUAGUAGUAAUAAAGAAAGAAGUGCUAUUUCUGUAAACUGUGCUCUGGAAGAUGAAAUAAAAGACUGGAUUAUUAAAGUAUUGUAUAAAAAACAAUACAGUGAAGACGGUUUGGAUUCAAGUCUAAGUUCUGAUACAUCUCAAGAAAGUGCAAUAGAAAGUUCUAGUACAUCUCAAGGAAGUGCAAUAAAAAGUAUAGACAAUCCAAAUAAAUCUGCAUCCGCAAGUACUGAAUUGAAAUAUAAUGUUUUUAGAGCUCUGUUUAAUGCAGAAAGAAGUAAAAGAAUUAAGCUCGAAAAAAUCAAUAGAAAUCUAAAGAGAACCAAUAGAAGGUUGUGGGAAAAACUUCAGUUGUCCUACUUUAGCAGAAGAGCAGUCUAG